AUGAGGAACCUGAUGUUCUUCAUCGCGUAUGAUUCCUCGAGAGGCAUGUUUGCCCUGAAAGACGUCCUCCCAGACCACCAACCGAUUGAUACGAAGGCGACGCUUCUAUCAUACAUAACCUUAAGUAACGGCCCGAUCGAUUCUGUCAACGUGCUGUUGACUCUUCAGCAACCCGAGCACGACGACAGAAAGCUAGUCCUGACAGGUCAUCAACAAUCCCACUUCUUCCGUCUGCCUUUCGAGAUUCGACUCUUGAUAUAUAUCCAUCUGCUGAGUAGCAUGGCACCAGAAAAGCACCCACGCGACAUUCAACUGAAGCACCACCAUGAGCUCGCCCUGGAACUGCUUCUUGUCAACCGCCAGAUAUACCGCGAGGCGCGACUCGUCCCGUUCCAACACAACGCCUUUGACUUCGCCAAGUGGAACGGCACCGGUCUGCUGUACUGCGACUUGUUCCUGCGGAGGCUACGCCCAUGGCAGCGACGAGGCCUGCGGACCAUCAUCCUGGACGUUCUGGCGAUCAGUCUCACCAGUCCCAGCCACAUGCAGCGGUGGCUUGGUCUGUGCAAUGAGCUCGGCUGUCCGGAGCAGGGGACGAACCGGGAGGCUGAAAGCGCGAGACUGGCGACUCUGAGACUGACGAUCAGCGGCUGCAUCAUGACCGGCGGGAGACAUACGUUCGACAUCAACUCACGAUGGGUAGGUGACGGGCUUCUGAAACUGACUUCUCUCCGCUUGCUGGAGAUGACUGUCGACACCGAGGGCGUGGAUGAAGGGUUGCUGCCCAAGUUUGUCGCGGACCUGCGACGUAAGCUGUGCAAGGCAGAGAUUGUGCUGAAGAAGAUGCACAGAGGGAAGUCAUCGGUUCUGUAUCUACCCGUCUCCUCUGCGGCGAUUUCGUGCUAUUGGCCUGACUAG